AUGUCAAACAGCUUCAACGGGUAUGAGCGAACGAAUGGAUAUGGAGCAAUGCCUCCGCACCAAGAAGAAUAUAAACCUCAAAUAUAUCGGGCCGUCUAUUCAAAUGUUUCUGUAUAUGAGAUGGAAGUAAACGGUGUCGCCGUCAUGAAACGCCGAUCUGACUCGUGGUUAAACGCAACUCAAAUUUUGAAAGUGGCCGGUGUCGUUAAGGCUAAAAGAACCAAAACACUGGAGAAAGAAAUUGCCGCCGGCGAACAUGAAAAGGUUCAAGGCGGUUAUGGCAAAUACCAGGGCACAUGGGUCAGCUACCAACGAGGUGUCGAGCUUUGCCGGGAAUAUCAGGUUGAAGAAGCACUGCGGCCACUACUCGAAUACGAUAUGGAUGAUGGUAAUUCCCGACGGGCAUCACUCGAAACUCCAACAAAGGAACAAGCAAUGGCCGCUCAACGGAAACGGUUAUACAAUGCCGAAAAUCGUGGGAUAAGCCAGCCGGCUCAAGCAACUUUCUUUCAGAAUAUGUCCCGCACUGCGGCAAAUGCGGUCAAUGCUAUCAGCAAGGCCCGCUUUGAAUCUCCAAACAAAAGAAGGCCAAGCCUGAUGCGUAAUUCUUCACAACAAAUGAGCAGUCAAGAGUCCUUCAAUGCUCCUGGCGGUACACAAACGAGCCUGUACAGCGUGCAUUCCGACAGUGGUUUCGCAAGUCAAAAUGCUCACGGAAGAAACGAUCACACACUGGAUCAGGAAAACGGUUUAGAGCCCCCACGCAAACGAGUUAGAAGUUCUUCAAAUCAAGCACGCUCAUUUGGAGCGAAUAGCACAAUGUCUGUAUACGAGCUUACUCCUACGGAACCCAAUGAUUCGUUCUACCAGCAAGCAGACGAUUCCAUGGCAGUCGACGACAUCAAUGGAAGGGAUCCUCUUCCUCCACCUGCACAUCCGGACCGAUUUCAGAAAAUGAAACUUAUCAUGACGCUCUUUCUUGACAAGCGUAUGAAGGAUUUCUCGAGCCAUCCUGCCCUUGUACAGCUAUCUGGCGAGGACCUUGAGAUACCCUUGGACGAAUAUCAAAACAGUGCUCUACACUGGGCGGCAAUGCUAGCCCGUCUUCCUCUGCUACUUGCCCUUGUUGAAAAGGGUGUGAAUAUCUAUCGAUUGAAUGCCGCUGGUGAAACCGCGUUGCAAAAGGCGGUUGGUACACGAAACAACCUUGACUACCGAACAUUUCCACGGCUACUUGAGAUUCUUGGCGCUACUGUGGACAUGGUCGAUCAUAGCGGCAGAUCAAUCCUACACCACAUUGCAAUUAUGGCUGCAACUGGUGGUGGUGGACAAGUAGCCGCCAAGCAUUAUCUUGAAUCGCUUCUCGAGUUGGUCGUGCGCCAUGGCACCAGCGGUCAAGAAAACGACAAACCAGUGACAAAUGGUGAAAACGAACAGUCCCAAGGUGAGAUCAUUGGUCUGGGCAGAUUUGUCUCUGAGUUGGUCAAUUUGCGGGACGAUCAAGGUGACACGGCGUUGAAUAUAGCUGGUCGCGCACGAUCAGUCCUUGUGCCGCAACUACUAGAAGUCGGAGCUGAUCCCCAAAUCCCUAAUCAUACCGGCCUCCGCCCUGCAGAUUACGGCGUCGGUGUAGACAUGGUCAAUGAAAGCUCUCAAUCGCAGCUAGACGAGGAGAAGAAAGACACUUUCAUUGACCAGCUUGCUAAGACAAAGAAAGAAAUUCUCGAUGCUACUCUUGCGCAGAUCGGAUCUCUGGUGGAAGAGACAUUGGGUGGCAUUGACCGCGAUUUGACUUCAGACCUGAGCAAGAAGCAAGCUGAAUUUGAUCAUUGGCAUGCAAAGAUACGCGAAAUCGCACGUGCCCGACAGAUUGAUCAAAGUGAGCUUGAGAGUCUCAAACGUAAAGCAUCUGAUCGGUCAAGUGUGGGUCGACGGAUAAAAAAUCUCGAGGGUGAUGCCGAGCAUUUGGUGGCUUCUUUGAAAGGCUACUUUGGCGACGAUUUUGACGUCUCUGCUACAUGUCCUGUGGGCUAUGCCGACGCAGAUUCAGGUAUUGACGUGGCUGAAUUUAGCGCACUAUUCUCGAACUUUGACCCGAGUGGUGAGAUGUCCGCCGACCAGAAGAAGUUCUUGACGGCGUUGCCUUCUGCGGCUACUCUAGAAAGCCGCCUUGAUGCAUACCAAAGUCUAAACAAAGAUAUCCAUGACGAGAUCAAACUAUUGAAGUCCAGGAAUGUGGUCCUUGGCGAAAAUUAUCGUCGGGUGGUAAUGGCCUGUACAGGAUUUACUGCCGAACAAGUUGAUGAGGCUGCAGAGGGGUUGACUAGACAUAUCAAAGACCUGAACGACAAUCCGGUGUCCGAAGAAGAGGCGAUCGAGAUUCUGAUGAAAGAUCGGGGUCAAGACUGGUAG